GUAACGCUCACGUCGUGUGCACACUCACUCGUCGUCUCGCGUCUUCUUCGGUCGUGUCGUUGUUCCUGUGGUCACUGCUCCUAUCUGUACUGGUUGGUCGGUUCGGUACUGUCUCUGUAGUGUACUGUGCGGCACAUAUUGCUGGCGCACUUGAACACUUUCCUCCACCAACAAGCGACUUCAGUUGCACAGCGUGAGUGAUAGAGGGAGGAAGUGUACGGUACCGCUCGGUCUCCAACACCUAUCAAACGGAACAGAAACAGGUACUUGGCACAGUCCAGUCCAGUUGGAGAUCCUCGUCGUGAGUCACAAGCGCCGCGCGGGGGGUUUCGGUGUCCUGCCCAAGUCAGUCUGCAAGUCGCGCUUCGCGAAUCCGGAAGACUCCCGUCAGAGCGCAGCAUCUUCAUCGGUUGUCGUAGACAGUUGUCGCGUUCUGGAAAUCAAGAUAAACAAUCGUUGAGUGUGUGUGAAGUUGCGGUUUUAUUAUUGCGGUUCUACGGUCAGGAAGUGCGUGGGUUCGAAUCUCGAUCGGUGUGACAAGUGUGCGGAAGCAGAACAGUUUUCAUUGUUUGUUCUAUGAACAGUUUUCCGUACCGACAGAAUCAUUUUGCCCGGCAGCGAGCAGCGAGAACCUGUGAUUUAUUGAUAAAUUGGACACAGAACAUUAAACCGCAACAGUACGCGAAUUCGGAAAAGGUGAUUUAGUACAGUGCAACAAUAAUAAUAAUAAUAAUAAUAAUAACAGCAACAGCAACAACUGCGGUACAGUGUUAGAGCAAGAAGAGGAUUUUUCCCAGUGUGACUUUAGAGCAAAACAAAAACAAAAUCUGCGGCGGUGCAUUUUCCCUGAUCCUGCCAGAAAACGCAACCUGCAGGAAAGGCAGCGAGGAGCGGCGAAGCCGUUCUACAUUUUCCAGCUUGAUUUUAUCGAUUCCGUCCCUUGUUUUUUCGAGUGGAAACCCUCGUACCCGUGCCACGCGCGCUCUUCAACAAGCACUACCCGAAUCGCAAAUAUGGAUUUCCAACGAAAGUUUAAAUGAUCUCAAACCAAAACAAAACAAAGUCAAAUCGUAAACUACUACCUCUCUCAGGGAAAAGAAAAGAAACUAAACAGAGCUGUUAAGCAACAUUAUAUAAGCAAGAAGACAAGACAACUAAGAAGCAAGAUAAAAUUGCACUCAUUGUUGCUAGGAAAAGCCCACCAACAGAAGCAGCCUUCCAGCAUCGAGCGAGCCGAGUGAGCGAUAAGUUCGCAUUCACCAAUGAAUUGAAUGACGACAGCAACCGUCGCGAUCCAGCCGAGUGAGAAAUUGAGUCGUUUUCCGGCGACCUCGUCGAGGACGUCGCCGUCGUCCACCAUGAAUGAAACACAGCAAAUGCACGCCACGGACAGCAGCCAACAGCAGCAGGGCAACAGCAAUGCCAGCAGCAUACACAAUAACAACAACAACAUCAACAGCAGCACGGGCAAGAACAGAGGCAGCAGCAACAGCGAUGUCAAGAUGGAGCACCACUUUCACCUACUGCAGAGGGAACGUGAACACCAGCAGCAGCAACAGCGAGAACGAGACCAGCAGCGCGAACAGCAGCAGCAGCAACACCACCAGCAGCAGUCCUCGUCGUCGGCGUCGGCGACAAUGGCGCAAAGCCACCACCAGCGGGAACAGCGCGCCGAACGCGAACGGGAACGGGAACGGGACCUGCAUCGGGAACAGCGCGAACAGCAGCAGCACCCGCACCGGCCGUUCUCGCCGACCCCCUCCGAGCAGCAGCAGUAUGCCCUCAAAUGGAACGACUUCCAGUCGUCGAUUCUUUCCUCCUUUCGGCACCUGCGGGACGAGGAGGACUUUGUCGAUGUGACGAUUGCCUGCGAACAGCGGUCGUUUACCGCCCACAAGGUCGUACUAAGUGCGUGCAGUCCCUACUUUCGCAAGCUGCUGAAGGCGAAUCCCUGCGAGCAUCCGAUUGUCAUCCUGCGUGACGUACGCUCCGAGGACAUCGAAAGUCUGCUGAGAUUUAUGUACAACGGCGAGGUGCACAUCGGACAGGAUCAAUUAAGCGAUUUCCUCAAAACGGCACAAUUGCUCCAAGUGCGGGGGUUGGCAGAUGUGACGAACCCGGGCCGAACGUCCACCGGCGGCAGUGGCGUUGGGGGCGGCAUCGGUGCCUCGGCGGCGCUAAAUUCCUCCUCGUUAUCGACACCUGCUGUUCAGGAGCUGAAAGCAUCACCCACUUCGUCAUCAUUGCCAUGGGAACCGCCGGAGGAUAGCAGCGGCGCGGUGCCUCCGCCCCAGAAGCGUACCAAAAGCUCCGAACUGUACCGCAAGCAGCACGGGCUCAGCCCGGACGAUCCGAUCCCACUCGAGCACUACCCCAUCGGACAGCACCCGUUGACCCGCGAACGUUCCAAGGACAAGAGCAAGGACCUCCGAAGCAACGCCAGCAUCGCCGGAAGCGAUUUCGAGGUGCGCGACCGGGACCGCAGUUUGGAGUCGCACCGCGAGUCGCUGCUCUCCCGGGUGCUGGAGGAUGGACCUACCCUGUCCGUGCCAUCGAAACACCCCGACCUGCAAUCGCUCCAGAAUGCCAUCAGCGGUGAGGACUCGAACAGCAGCGACACCGCUGCCUCCGAUCACGGUGAUGACCUCGAGGGCAUCAACGGCAACGUCGAACACACCCGCCCGUCGUUCCCAUUCCUCGGCCUGCAGGGCAUACCCGGGCUGAUACCGGGCCCGUCCGGUAUGCACGGGGACAACUUCGUUUCUCGCCGUUCUUUAGAAAUGCGAGUCCGCGCGACAGACCCUCGACCCUGCCCAAAGUGCGGUAAGAUCUACCGCUCCGCCCAUACCUUGCGCACUCACCUGGAAGACAAGCACACAGUCUGCCCCGGCUAUCGAUGCGUCCUGUGCGGAACCGUUGCCAAGUCGCGCAACUCGCUACACUCCCACAUGUCCCGCCAGCAUCGGGGAAUCUCCACCAAGGAUCUGCCGGUCCUACCAAUGCCUAGUCCCUUCGAUCCGGAGCUGGCUUCGCGUCUGUUGGCGAAGGCCGGAGUAAAGAUUUCCCCCGCCGAACUUCGGGCACGAGCCUCACCAACCGGAACCCGACGGAACGACGGCAGCAUGAAGCUUGAGCUCCGCUCCGGAGCCGACGGUGAAGACUUUGACGAUCCAGAAGACCUCACAAUGUCCCAGCAGAGCAGCCACAGCGAGAGCCAACGGCGGUUCCACGAGAGCAUGCUGGGCAUGUCACCGAACAUUCCAUUCGGUGACGUUUCAGCGUUCAACCACCCGAGCACGACCAUCACCCGCGUACGGCAGGACGAUGGCGGCAAGUCCGGCAUGGAUGGCCGAGACGGAAGCGGCAACAAUGGCAACGGAUCGGGAAUGUCACUGUCGAAUCGUCAUAGCGGAGGGGCGGGCAUUAGCAACAGCAGCGGGAUGAACCAGAUGCCACCGAACACACCGACGGGGUCGGCCAUCUUGGAUACGUACUUGCAGUUCAUCACGGAGAGCGCUUUCGGAAUGGGUGGAAUGACUCAAGAACAGGCCGCGGCAGCCAUCCAGGCCGCCAAAUACGCCCAGCUCAAGGCCAUGGGACACAACUUGGACCAACUGCCACCGGGAUUCCUUCCGCCGCAACUGGACAUCGCCAAGCUCACCGGAAACAGCCAAAGCUCGGACCAUCCGCUUAGUAAACUGCAAUCCUCCCCGAACGUUACGAUAGAACCAUCUUCCAACCGCGACGACCGGCAUCUGCAGCUCAGUGCGCAGCAGAAGCUGCUCUCCCUGGCGGCCGGCAAUGGCAAUCACAACCUGAACAACAAUUCGAUUCUGAACAGCGACUCUAUCCGGCGGGGUGACUCCUCGGAACCGAUGGACUUGGGACUGGACGGACCUCAGCAUCACGUCAAUGACGAUGGCAACAGCUCCGGAGAUGAGCGAAAUUACUCCGACGAUGAAGGAGUCGGCACUAACUAAAGCUUAGUGCGCCCGAAUAUCAAUCAUCGUUUAUAGCUAUAUCUACAAGUACGUUUACUCUACCCUAAGGACUUAGUUUUUUCUUUCAAUCAACGAUUUCGGUUUCGAGCAGCGAACCGAUUUCGGAGAAGGACAAAUUUCAAUGGAAGAAUGAGUAAAUUCACUGUGCCAUCCUUAAUUAAGUGAGUAUGAUGAACGAAUAAUUCGAUACUGUAAAAAGUCCAUCCAAGCGAGUAUGUCGUUUUGCUUGAGUGAAGCGAGCAAAUAUGAAAAAAAAUGCUCGUCAAUGUUAUACCUCAUGUUUUUUCUCAUUUUAAGUUCCAUUUAAUAAGACUAGUUAGUGUUAGAGGGCGAAACAAGCGUUAGAGCAUUACGCAAAGAUAAACUGCAAUCCGUAACAUGAAAAUACCUCAUAUUGAAGAAUGAAACAUUUUAAUUUGCAACUCCUUUUACAACAAAAGGAGAUGUUUCACAAUGUACUACUUAGUAAUGAUAAGACCAUAUUUACAAACAAACCAACCAGUUGAGACACAAUCCGUCAGUCUACCUCACAAGAUAGUUAGUGCAAAUAACAAUUUUAUCAGAACCAUUCUUAUACAUGUCCCUGGAUGGGACAACUAGAUUACAAGCAAACAAAAGGAGUGAAUAAUCAUUCAUACUACCAGUGGAGCUAACAAACGCCCAGUUCUAUUCAAUUUUACAUAUGGAAGAAGAAUAAAACGUAUACUAAUCUCAAAAAACAGAGACACGAAUCCUCUGUAUACGCAAACACUAUCCUGCUAUACCUUUCUUAUUCGUAGUGUUUGAUUCCAGCACAACGUAGUCAACUAAAUUUGUCAACUUUAGAGGCACAAAAAUACGAAAUUUUAUCAAAAACAAACCCGUUAUACGAACUUGACAUUUAGAACAAAAUGUAUACUGAGAUGAACAAAUUUACGUUUUUAUCCUACUUUCUAAUCAGUUGUGGAAACUGUCUAUACGAAACUAUAUCAACAAAUCUUAAAGAGAUCAGAAACACGUUAGUAUACGCAAAAAAGCAAAAAGAACUUGUAUACCAACACAAACAAGUCUACAUGAUUUAUCAUCGAGCAAGCAAACAAAAUACGAUCAAACUGAAACCGAUACGAUAUCAAAACAAGUAUACUUAAAUGUAACACAAACAAGCAUGUUAGCUUUUCUUCCGUUCCGUUUUAUUCCCAACGUGCUUCCAAGCUCUCCGGAAAUCACGUGUUGUAAUUCAUCGUGAUUGUUUUUACUGUUUACUAAAAAAUACUCAUUACCAAUAAACUACCUCCUACUUAUACUAUAAAUAGUCAUGUGUUACAACCUCCUACCACACACAAGGAACCUCUCAGGGCGUACAAAGACACUAUACUAUUUUUACCGCAACAACAACAACAACACACAGAUCUACAAACAUGCAACAUUGCAACGCACACAUAAGUGGUAUACAGUCACACCGCAGCAAUAUUACUGGUUAUUUAAAUAAGUGAUUCAUGUUUGUUACAAAUAUCAUUGUUUUGUUUUUCUUCCUUGAACAGACAUACACACAUACUAGUGCAACACGAAACGGGUAAUAAUAUUAUGUUUCUGAUUAUUAUUUUUUCUCUCUAAAGAUUAAACUAGUGUCCUUGUUUUACGAAGAACAUGUUUUAGUUGUAGUUCUCAGACACUAUUCAUACCCAGGCCGAAACUCAUUUCUCCGUGAUUAAUGAAAUAAGGUCAUUACCACAUACACAUAGAACAUCAUGUUGAUAAAUGAGGGCCAGAUUUGAAUUGGAAUGAGUUAGAAUGUAUGCGUUAAGAUGCGCUGUUCGUACGAACACUUUGAACAUCAUUCAACACUCGCGCAUUAAUCAAAUCACUCGCAUUAGUUCAAAACAAAUCUGGAAACUGAAUCUGUACAAAUAUGAAGGUCCCGUAGCCUGAACGGUGACCAGAACAAGUAUUUAGUGUUAAAAAGAAGAAGCAAUAGCGCGUAAAAUCAUUAAGAAUUAUCCAAAACGCUGCAGUAUUGAAUCUCAACAGUUUGGAAUCUUCCGAAUCUCCGAAUCUCUUUCCAUUUUUUGGAUCAAGCCAAAAGCUUAUCUCUCUGAAAAAAUGUACUUAAAAUCCCCACACUUCCUGUACAGUUAUAGCUUCCGGUUAAUUGCUUCCGAUUGAAAAUAGAAUUCCCGAAGACGCCACGUGUAAAUAGAUGGAACAAACCUUAUUGUUAGACAAGUAGCUGAUUCUAAUGUGUAAGGACAACUUUGAAAAUAGACGUUAUUGGCUAAGAUGAAAUUCUUGUAAUAUGGCUGAAAACAGAAAAAAAAAAACUAGCAUUACUUACUCGAUAGGCAUUUCCCUCGGUGGAACAAGAUUAUCCAAGCAAUCUUGGACCCCAAAUAGCUAAAUUUUCAAUUUAAAAGCACAAUUCGCGCACGUGACAUAUUUGUGCGUUCGGAACCUUAUUUAAUAAACUCGUUUGCAUUUUUGGUUGAAGUUUUCAGUUUGGAACGGAUCAAAUCAAAAUUAAUUAAAGGUGGAGAAGAAAAAUUCAAUGAAUUUUUAUUACGUUAUAUUAUUAUUACAUGUUGUACUUACAUCAAGGUGUCGUCUCAAUGUUUAUUUCUGGCGCAAAUUAUUUAUGUUCAAAUCGAAAAAACGAUUAUCAAUACGCUGCAAUUUGAGAUAGAGAACUCAUAAACAGAUUUAAAAGGAAAAAAAACCUGAACUUGAAAAGGAAAACUAGAAUAUGUAGAUUAAAUCAGUAGCAAUGCUAAGGGAAACAAAAGUUGUUGAAUAUGAAUUGCUAUAAUUAUUGAAAAAUAUUUUAUUAUAAAUGUGUGAUAGACUUACUCUGAAACAUGCGAGAUAAAACAACUAAAUAUUGCAGAGGAAUGGAACAACUAAAAUUUUAAAGAGCUAAAACUCUCACUGAAAUUGUAUUUAGAACAUAGUAGCUAAACAAAAUGGGUAUAAAAAGCGCAAAUCUGAAUCUAUAUUUAAAAACAAAAAUCUGUUCAGCGAAUAGAGCUACCACUUCUCGUAGAAUGUAAGAUAUUUUUUCCUUUUUAAGUUUUUUUUUGUAUUACUAAAACUCAACCGUAAUCAAGAAUUAUAUAUAAUUUUCUCAGAGAAAAAUAUAUUUAAAAAUUAUAAUUUCCAUCUUGUUUUUAUUCAUUUUUUUAUUAUCACCAACUCCCUUCUUUGUAUUGCCGUUUUUGACUUAUAAUUUAUACUUCAAACUUCAGUUCUACAAACUCCAAUAAUUCCCAAUGGUUUAGAUAUUUCAGGGUGUGCCUUUUUUGAAAUUCAACCAAGAAAAGCUAGAAAUAGAACGCAACGUGGAAUAAUUAGCUUGGGUCAUAACUGAAUACAAAACAAACAAGUUCCUAAAACUAAAAGCAUACAAAAGCUAAAUUUUAUACAACAAUGCCAGAACAUUUUCUGCUAUUUUUCGGUAGAGCGCGCAAGUAGAAAAAAAUAGGAAUAUCCCUUAGUGAACAAAAUGACAGAGCGAGAAACACGUUGAAGACAAUAAUGGACAAAAGUUCUUGUCCAAGGUAACACUUGUCAAAAGUAAACUUCACCCGAACAAGUGAGGCAGAGAAUUGUAAAAGAUCCGUUUAAAAAUAUGAAAAGUGUCUCCCAUUUAAAUAUUCAUAAGUCGCUUCCGUUGACAUUAAGCAAACUUGCAUAACCCAAAACAUCUGGAGAAUACCUGUUUAGAUGCAAUUUUACCUCCUCGUGCUAAGCUGAUAAUAGUUUAGACGAAACCUAAAAAUGCUAAGCUAAAAUCUCGCCAGCACCUGAACAUAUUUUGAUCACAAACCUAGUGCAAUAAAAUGUUAAGAAACCAAGUAUAGACAAAAUUUUCGGAAUCCCCACGAGCAUUUCGUUCAAACCUGAAAGCGAACCAAUUGUACAAGAAAAGUUCUACAAAGAAACAACCUAAAACUACCGAAACUGUAACCGCAAUGGUAAACUUAAAUUUGGAAUUGUUAAAAAAAAAUCAACAUACAAUCGGGCACGCAAAUAUGCUUGUUUAGUGCGCAUUGGCCGACAAACGCGAAGCCUCACUACAAUUCUUAGCUGAAGGUAAACCAAAAUGCAAAUCCCACAUGUGUCAUUGCUUUGCGUAUCGAUCUACAGCUCUAUUAUUAUAGUUCUGAUAAAUUAUAUGAGAUCACUAAUGGACAUAACUCGUAAAGUAAGAGUAUUUGAAAUAAAUUGAUAAACCGUG